UGAUUCUGGCUCCUGGCUGUUCUGCGCCGCGGAUCGGAUCCUGCGAAUCCUCUGGGUUGUAUCUUCAUGUAGGACCUGCUCUGUGUCCCUCCGGUUGCGGCUGGGCUUUACCACAAGGCCUUCUCACCAACUCCUGUCCCUUCUGUGUCCUGGAUUCCAGAAACCUCGACUCUCAGUACUUUGUGCUCAGUCCAGGAAAUCUGAGAUUCUUGCCUGUGCCAUUCAUAGGCCCAGAGCCAUGGCUAUCUCCUCUUCCUCCUGGGAGCUGCCCCUGGUGGCUGUAUGCCAGGUAACAUCGACACCAGACAAGCAACAGAACUUUAAAACAUGUGCUGAGCUGGUUCGAGAAGCUGCCAGAUCGGGUGCUUGCCUGGCUUUCCUGCCUGAGGCAUUUGACUUCAUUGCUCGGGACCCUGCAGAGACACUACAGCUUUCUGAACCACUGGAUGGGAACCAUUUGAGCCAAUAUACCCAGCUUGCCAGGGAAUGUGGACUCUGGCUGUCCUUGGGUGGUUUCCAUGAGCGUGGCCAAGACUGGGAGCAGACAAAGAAAAUCUACAAUUGUCAUGUACUUCUGAACAGCAAGGGAUCAGUAGUGGCCACGUACAGGAAGACACAUUUGUGUGAUGUAGAGAUUCCAGGACAGGGGCCUAUGCAUGAAAGCAACUCUACCAUGCCUGGGCCUAGUCUUGAGGCACCUGUCAGCACGCCAGCAGGCAAGAUUGGUCUAGCUAUCUGUUAUGACAUGCGGUUCCCUGAACUCUCUCUGGCAUUGGCUCAAGCUGGAGCAGAAAUACUUACUUAUCCUUCAGCUUUUGGAUCUGUUACGGGCCCAGCCCACUGGGAGGUGUUACUGCGAGCCCGUGCCAUUGAAACCCAGUGUUAUGUGGUGGCAGCAGCACAGUGUGGACGCCAUCAUGAGUCGAGAGCAAGUUAUGGCCACAGCAUGGUGGUGGAUCCCUGGGGAACAGUGGUGGCCCGUUGUUCUGAGGGGCCUGGCCUCUGUCUUGCCCGAAUCAACCUCAGCUAUCUGCGACAGAUACGCCAACACCUGCCUGUGUUCCAGCAUCGCAGGCCUGACCUCUAUGGCAAUCUGGGUCACCCACUGUCUUAAGGUUUUUGACUUAAGACCUCCAUUGUGAGGUUGUGCUGCUAUGACUUAUAGCAGGACCCAAACAGCUCCCCUCACUCAGAGAACCUUAAGCUGGCUUAGUAGAACACAAAUUCAACUUCUUGGGAAGAAAAACUUUGAGCUGAGCUCAGAUUUCAGUUUCAGAAAAGUGUAAUUUUAUAUAGUCACUGUUUAUUUCAUGAAAACUGAAGUGAUGCUGAGGGCCAAGCAGCACUGGAAUUGUAAAAAUAAUAAUAAUCAUAAUGUCUGUGUCUGGAGAUCUCUUUUGGGAGCUGGAAGGGUGGUAUUGUACCUGCUGUACUAGGUCCAGUUCUAGGUCUCCUGGCUUACUCAACAUGCCUCCCUACCUAAAAAAAAAAAAAAAAAGUGCAACACUCAGUGCAUUUCCUAGUCCCAUUCUCCCAGGUAUGAGAGUGGGAAUAGGGGUAGAGGAGGGAGAAGGGAAUAGGGAGGAAUUGAUACCAAAUUAUUUUACUUUCUCCUAUAGUGCCCUUUGCCCAACCAGAAGCAAGAGGGCUUGAACAUAAUGUCACACUCCCCCUUCCCCUUUUCAGAGGGAGUAUAUUAUAGUCAGCAGCUUCUACUCCAUCCACUGUAUGGAACCCAUAACAGACGGGAGGGAUAUUAUGAUCUUAAUCCUCCUAUCUGUUACUUCCUUGAAGAGGGUUUGACAAAGAGGAAAAAGGAAGGAACCAUACCAGGCAGCAGUUGCAAGCCAUGGAAUGGAGGAAAGGCAGAGAGGAGCAGCACCAGAGGCCAGGAGAGAGUGGAAAGGGCCAUAGCUUGUUU